AUGAUGAAGAAUUUGAUCCUGAUCCUCGUUGCUUUGUUCUUGGCUUCGGCUUCUGCAUUUGCACCUCAGCCAUUUGUGCGAGAAAGUCACAGUGUCUGCUUUGCCAAACAUGUCAAUGACAAGGCUGCCAAAUGGGCUGCUUCCAAGAGGCCCAAGAAGUCUCGACCUUCAGAUAUCAACAAGACACCCCCAAUCUAUGAACUGCACUCUAUCCAGAAACCAAGCGAAUUCACAAUCAGCGAUGCACCAGCCACGCCCGUUACCAAGCCAGAGGGCUAA